UGCAUUGUUCAAUCUCAUGAUAGUUUAUUGAUACACUUAGAAAAGCCGCUUUAAGGUUUUCAUUCAGGCAUAAUUUAUGGGCAGCCUGGAAGCUUGUUCGGUUUGGUUGUUGUGACGGAAGAAGCCUAAGCAGGAAGAGAGUGACAGGAGAAGGCCCGGAGUUUAGAGUAGUAACAGUUAUGCCGCUCUUCGGCUCCAAUCCCUUUGAUCAAGAUGUCGAGAAAGCUACAAAUGAAUAUAACACCAGUGAAGAUUGGGGUCAUAUUAUGGACCUCUGUGACAAAAUUGGAAAUACUCCAAAUGGUGCAAAAGAUGGCCUUAAAUCCAUAAUGAAAAGAGUCAAUCACAAAGUCCCACAUGUGGCUCUGCAAGGUUUGACUCUACUGGGUGCCUGUGUGUCAAAUUGUGGGAAAGCUUUUCAUUUGGAAAUAUGUUCAAGAGAUUUUGCAAGUGAAGUGCGUAGUGUAAUAAGUAAGGCACAUCCGAAGGUCUGUGACAAGCUGAAAGCUUUGAUGGUUGAGUGGUCAGAAGAAUUUCAGAAGGAUCCCCAGUUUAGUCUUAUUUCUGCCACCAUUAAAUCUCUGAAGGAAGAAGGGGUUUCAUUUCCUACAGCAGUCUCUCAGAGUGCUUCAAAUACUCCUAAGAAUGGAACAUUACCUAUCAAAAACAAAGAGGAUGAAGAUAUUGCUAAAGCGAUUGAGUUAUCUUUGCAAGAGCAGAAGCAGCCAACAGAGAUAAAGUCACUAUACCCAUCUGUGGAUGUACAGAAUGAUAAUCAGAAAAUGGCAAGGAAAGUUCGUGCGCUGUAUGAUUUUGAAGCUGUUGAGGAUAAUGAGCUGACAUUCAAAAGUGGAGAAAUAAUCAUAGUUUUGGAUGACAGUGAUGCUAACUGGUGGAAAGGAGAAAAUCACAGAGGUAUAGGACUUUUCCCAUCUAAUUUUGUGUCAUCAACAUUGAAUGUUGAGCCAGAAGUAGUCAUUGAAAAGACGAUUGUUUCAGAAGAAGUUUUAGAGAACACCACAAAAAUAGAGCCUGAACCCGUGACCAUAGACGAAAAUAAAAUGGAUCAAGCCUUACAGUUACUUCAGAGCAUCGAUCCUACAGACCCCAAACCCGACUCUGCCGAUCUCCUUGACUUGGAAGAUGUUUGUCAGCAAAUGGGCCCAAUGAUAGAUGAAAAGUUAGAAGAAAUUGACAGAAAACAUUCCGAACUCUCAGAACUGAAUGUGAAAGUCCUUGAGGCAUUAGAAUUGUAUAAUAAACUUGUGAAUGAAGCUCCAAUGUAUUCAAUGUACAGCAAGCCACCUCCCCAGGCACAUUAUGCUACCACUUCAAUGGGCGUAUCCAUGCAGGGCUACCACAACCAACCUCAAGGAGGGAACUACAUGGUACAGGGCAUGCCACAUGUCCAUGCACAGACACUGCCACAAGCUUACAGCAUGAACCAUGAUCCGAUUGGGCCACUGAGGUCACUGCCACCAACUAUAAAUUCUACAGUAACGACACAGUCUGCUCAAACACAAUAUCUGAGUACUGGUCAAGACACAGCCACAAAUCUUCCUUAUAUAAACCAGAGUUCAAGUCUCCCGCAAGCUGCUGGUGCCCAAACCUAUGGCCUUCCCGUGGGAAUGUCAGCGGAUAUGUCUGUUUAUCAGAACACUACAUCUAAUAUGCCUCCUGCGUCUGGCUACACAAUGACAGCACCUCUCCAUUCUGUUCCCCAGCAACCCCCUAGUUACUAUCAACAGCCAUUGCUUUGAAGGAAACCUUAUAGACCUAUGUAAAGUCAGCGUUGCUCCUAGUUUUGUAACUUAUAUCACCAAAAUAAUGGUAAAUGCGAACACAGUAGGAAAAUUUAUUCUUGUAAACAUGGACUAUGAGAUUCCAAAAAUACCAAUGGUGGGAUGGUUCCUCUUAAUAAAUGUGAUGUGCACUUUUUUCUGGUUUAAAGCAAUUUUUGUGCUUGAAAGGGUAAUGUAUUUCCGUAUUACCCAGUGUAUUUUUUUUCUAGAGGAACUAAAGAGUUUUUAAAGCAGCAAUCUACAGUUAACUUUUUUUUUUGCUUGAAUGUCUGCAGAAUAUAUAAACAAAACUAUUUAUCAAGUGCUUUUUACUUUUGUUUGCUCUUUAUUUUUUAAUUUCUGUAAGUGAUUUAAAGGUACAGUCCAAGUCAGAGCAUGGCCAUUCCUCUUCAUUGUGCUUCUGAGCAUCUUAAAAUAUGAAGCUAAAGGAACAAAAUAAAUCCAUAAACAUGUUUGUAUUAGUAUCUUUUCGUGUAAGUUGUAUUACUACAAUCUUUAGCACCAAAUAGCUCAGUAAUGAGAAUGCCUUUCUAUGCAUAAAUGCACUACAAUUGUCUGCUGCUGUGGCUUUAGUUUAAUAUUGUUUUAGCAUUGUAGCUCUUGUGUUUAUUUAAAGAGCACUUUCAGUAGAAUUUCAUAAGCCUUGAUCAAUAAAUAGUGGCUUGCGUGCUACUGGCCUCUGACUAAAUACAGAUGUGUUGCAAGUUAUCUCCAUAUCACACCAAGAAAAUAUAACAUGCUACUUUCCGAAUGGAAGAAAAAAACAUUUUGUUUUGUGUUCAGAUAGUUUUUCUGUUUGUGGUUGGUAUCUUGAAGUUGAACUUACAUGUCAGCCCCAUCAUGCAUUUCCCCCUGUACAAAUGGCACUUGUAUGUCUUCAUGUAUUGAUGUGCUGCUUUCCAGCCGUUUCAUUGAAGGAAACAUUUCUAUAGUCCAAUCCUAACUUUUUUAUCUUUAUAAAUGUAAUAUAUUUUUAAACUGUUUAGUUCAUAGUUUUGAUUUUGGAAUUCAUAUACAGAUUUUCUUUCUUUUUUUUCUUUAUGCUUUGAAUACAUUCUAUAAUCAAGUGAUUUCCUUUUCAUUAGAUCACUUUUGUUCCCACAUCCUAAGAUGAUCAUAACCAUCUUGCAAAUUGCAGAUACCCAGUGUUGCCUUCCACAUGAUUAUAUAUUGCUCAUUCUCUGAACCUGUCGAUCGGAAGGAGGAAAUAGCUUAAGACUGGAGUGCUUUACAUUAUAAUAGAUAACUGAGCUUAGACAAUAUAAAACUGUGUCUACUUCAUACAUCAAUAGUUAUACUUCCAUGAAAUCAUAAGAUGAAUACAAAUAAACAUAAUGUGAAAUGUUGAGGUUAGUUACAGCUAAUGCUAUUAAAGGGACACUGAACCCAAAAUUUUUCUUUUGUGAUUCAGAUAAAGCAUGCAAUUUACCCACCAAUCAGCAAGGACAACCUAGGUUGUUCACCAAAAGUGGGCCGGCAUCUAAACUUACAUUCUUGCAUUUCAAAUAAAGAUACCAAGAAAAUAAAGAACAUUUGAUAAUAGGAGUAAAUUAGAAAGUUCCUUAUAAUUUCAUGCUCUAUCUGAAUCACAAAAGAAAAAAAUUGGGUUCAGUGUCCCUUUAACUACCUCUAUUCGACUAUAUCAUGCUUCAGAGCUCCUACAUCAAUAUUGUUGGAAUCUCCCAGAGUACAGUAGAGUGCAGUGUGAUAUCUUGUAUACUGGACAUUGGACAACAUUGUUGUUUGUAGCAUCUUGGAACUUCUCUUCUUCCACUUGCACCUUUUACAUGUUCUUGCAUAUGUGUUUAUGGGAACCACAGUCUUAACUGCAAAUGAGACCCUUUAAUCCUGUUUCUUACAUCUGUUUUUAAUAUUGAUGGAAAAAAAUGUAAUAACUAAAAAAUAAUUAUUUGAAUUUGUGACCAUAAUAUUUCUAUACAUUUUGUGUUUCUUUGUGACCAUACUAUUUCUAUACAUUUUGUGUUUCUUUAUGUAAUAUAUUUAACUCAUUCACAUUUAUUUUAUGUUUGGUGCUUUAUACAGAUGCUAUUAAAUAUGGCUGCUGAUUUGCGGACAACUGCUGCAUUUUUGUCAUCGCCUAGUUCUGAAUAAGACUUUUUUUUUUGUUAGUCAAAUUAUACUAGCAGAUACACUUUACGAGGUUCACCAGUGUACCAAAUGUGAAUAUUAUAAAAAUAACAUAGCACCUUAUUCAUUCAAAUGAAUGUUCUUAAAAGGAAAACAAGUAUUUGGCUUUAGAGGGCGGUGUUUUAAAAAUAAUUUUUUGGGUAUUUUCUUUGUGUUCAUAAUUCUAUAUUCCAAGGGUUUUCUUUCAUUGUAACCUUUUACAUCAUUAUAUCCAUAUUCCAUUUAAAGGGAGGAAAUUGAUUGCCCCUGGGAUAGAUAUAAUUGAUAUGCUGGAGUGUGUUAUAUAAAACAAAAUGGUCUUGAGAUAUAAUGCAUUUAUGAACAGUUGUAGUCAUUUACAAUAUAUAAAGUAUAAAUAGUGUAUAUAGACAAUUGUCUAUGUGAAAUUUUAUAUAUACUGCUACAUAAUUUCUCUUUGGGAGGGAAAACCAUUACAUUUGUAUAUAUGGCAGCAUUUGGUAACACAUUUUUGUAACGUCUAGCUUGUAAUCUAAUCAACUGAUUUCCAAUAAUACUAUGUAGAUAAUGUAAGAAUAAUUGUAUUAUUUUCCACUAGUGCAUUUAGCAGGGUUUCUUGAUGUUAAUGGGGAUGUUUGUUUCUUUACCAUCUGCUCUAUACUAAAUUGUAAUAUUUAUUUUAAAGAAUUGUACCCAAUUAAAAGUUUUGCUGCCAAAUUAAGAA